AUGGCGCCCGCCGCCACCUCGCCACCACAACGAAACCACAAAAUCGCCAUCGUGGGUUCCGGCUGCGCAGGUCUGGGCGCCGCAUGGGCAUUAAAGGACACGGACUAUGAAGUCCAUAUCUUCGAGAAAUCAUCCCGUCUCGGUGGCCAUACCAACACGCAAAUAUGGCGGUCUGGCGACCAAGAAGUCCCCGUCGAUACAGGCUUCAUCGUCAUGAAUACCGCCACCUACCCCAACUUCAUCCGCUUUUUACAAAAAGUCGGCGUCGAUCCCGUAGAGACUGAAAUGACAUUCGGCGUCUCACGAGACCGUGGGAAAUUCGAGUGGAGUGGCGAGGCGCGGGGAAUCUUUGCUCAAAGGCGGAAUCUGUUCAGGUUGAGGUAUUGGAGGAUGAUUUUCGAUAUUGUGCGAUUUAAUCAGUUCGCUUUGGAUCUUAUUGCUGAUGAGGAGGAGGGUGGGCUGCGGAGGUUGGGCUCGCCAGUCAAGGGAAGGAGGCACGAUGCUGAGAUGACGAUUGGGGCGUAUUUGGAGAAGGAGGGUUAUUCGCGGGCUUUUCGGGAUGAUUAUUUGAUUCCUAUGACUGCUGCUGUUUGGAGUACUUCGCCUGAUAAGGCUAGUUUGGAGUUUCCGGCUGCGACGUUGAGAUAUAUCGAUGCAAUCGUUAAGAGCUUUCCGGCUGGACGAUUACAUCUGCAUACCUCAUGCGAAGUGGCGAACGUACUCCGUCCUUGGAGCAAAGAGGACACCGACGUGACGGUAUCUUGGCUCGACGCCACAUCCGGCCGCAUCGAGGGCGACGUCUUCUCCCACGUCAUCCUAGCCUGCCACGGCGACCAAAUCCUCCCGCUCCUCUCGCGACAGAGCCCGCAACCCAACGCAAGUCUCACUCAUAAAUCCAAUACCACCACUACUGCCACUACCCCCGACCACACCCGCAGCAGCAACUUCAUCAAGUCCUCCUCCGGCAUCCAGUACAUCAGCCAAGAAGAACUCGACGUCCUCUCCGCCUUCCAAACGAGCGAGAAUACCGCCUACCUCCACUCAGACCUAACCUACAUGCCAACCCGUCGCGCCUGCUGGACAGCCUGGAACUACCUCAUCACUUCACCCCACCCGUCCCAACUCUCCUCCCCGGCGGGAGUGAGUCUAACCUACUCCAUGAACAUCCUCCAACACAUCAGCGAGAAGACCUUCGGGCCGGUCCUGGUAACUAUGAACCCUGAAAACACUCCGGACCCGGAUAAAACGCAGGGGAAAUUCGUGUAUAGACAUCCCCUCUACACGGUCGAGAGCGUGAAGGCGCAGAAACGUUUAGAGGGGAUUCAGAAUUCAAGGGGGGUGAGUUAUUGCGGUGCCUGGACCAAGUAUGGGUUUCAUGAGGAUGGGUUUAGUAGCGGGUUAAGGGUUGCGAGGGAGCAUUUGGGUGCCGAGUUGCCGUUUAAGUUUGUCGAUUCCACGUUUAGUCGGGGACAUAAGCCGACGCUGGGGUGGAAGGAUUAUGUGUUGAGGGUUGGGUUGUUGGUUUUCAUGGUGUGGAUUCGGGUUUUGGAGGUUGUGGUUGGGUUGCCGGUGGUUAGGAGUUUGGUGGGGGUUGCGGAGGGGGUUGGGGAGGUGGUGUUGGAUUUGGGUGAGUAUGCUGGGUUGUUGACAUGA